UGUCCAAUAUGGACCUUCAACCGAGAGAAAUUAAGAUUUUGGAGAGUGUUGAUGAUAUUCAGGAUCGACGUGAACAAGUUCUCUCUCGCUAUUCUGAAUUCAAAAUCGAAGCAAGGCAUAAGAGAGAAAGAUUAGAAGACUCCAGAAGGUUUCAGUAUUUUAAACGAGAUGCCGAUGAGCUGGAAUCAUGGAUAAAUGAAAAGUUGCAGGCAGCUUCUGAUGAAAGCUAUAAAGAUCCUACAAAUUUGCAGGCUAAAAUUCAAAAACACCAAGCAUUUGAAGCUGAAGUUGCUGCUCAUAGUAACGCUAUUGUUGCCUUGGACAACACUGGUUCUGAACUUAUCAAUCAAAAUCAUUUUGCAUCAGAUGUCAUUAAACAUCGUUUGGAAGAGUUGCACCGCCUUUGGGAAUUGUUGUUAUCUAAGCUUGCAGAUAAAGGGUUGAAAUUGCAACAGGCUUUAGUUCUAGUGCAAUUUCUACGCCAGUGCGAUGAGGUUAUGUUCUGGAUUAAUGAUAAGGAAGCCUUUGUUACCACUGAUGAAUUUGGACAAGAUCUUGAGCAUGUUGAAGUAUUGCAACGAAAGUUUGAUGAGUUUCAAAAAGAUAUGGCAAGUCAAGAAUUCAGAGUGCAGGAAGUGAAUGAGCAAGCUGAAAAAUUAGUGAAUGAAGGACAUCCUGAAGGAGAAACUAUCAACAAGAGAAAAGAGGAGGUGAAUGAUGCUUGGCAGAGAUUAAAAGCUUUGACACUUUUGAAACAAGAAAAGCUCUUUGGGGCACACGAAAUUCAACGUUUUAAUAGAGAUGCUGAUGAGACCAUUACCUGGAUAACAGAGAAAGACUUAGUUUUGUCCACAGAUGAUUAUGGUAGAGAUCUAGUGAGUGUGCAAACACUGCAGAGAAAACAUGAAGGCAUUGAGAGAGAUUUGGCUGCCCUCGAAGACAAAGUAAUGACAUUAGCCCAAGAAGCAGACAGAUUAUGUGUUAUUCAUCAAGAUCAUUCAGGACAAAUACAGUCAAAAAAUGCUGAAAUCUCAUCUAAUUGGGAGAGUCUUAAAUCAAAGGCACAAGAGCGCCGUAGACGCCUGGAUGAGUCGUAUCUUCUUCACCGAUUUCUAGCCGACUUCAGAGAUUUAGUAUCUUGGAUUCACGACAUGAAGGCUAUCAUUUCUGCAGAUGAAUUGGCUAAAGAUGUAGCAGGAGCUGAAGCAUUGCUUGAAAGGCAUCAGGAACACAAGGGUGAGAUAGAUGCAAGAGAAGAUAGUUUUAGAGCCACCGCUGAAGCAGGAAAAAUACUUUUAGAUCAAGAUCAUUAUGCAGUUGAAGAAGUGAAGGAAAAACUUGUGACUCUUGCAAAUGAAAAGCAGUCUCUACUCUCACUGUGGGAGGAGAGACGUAUCCUUUAUGAACAAUGCAUGGAUUUGCAACUCUUCUAUAGAGACACUGAACAGGCAGACACUUGGAUGGCUAAACAAGAAGCAUUCUUGGUGAAUGAAGAUUUGGGAGAUUCAUUGGAUUCUGUGGAAGCACUCAUUAAAAAACAUGAAGAUUUUGAAAAAUCUCUAGCUGCUCAAGAAGAAAAAAUUAAAGCUCUUGAUGAAUUUGCUACUAAAUUGAUUGAAGGGCAACAUUAUGCAGCAGAUGAUGUUGCACAAAGAAGAGCUGCUUUACUAGAAAGACGUUCCGCACUGAUGGAGAAAUCUGACAUUAGACGUGCAAUGCUGGAAGAUUCUUAUCGUUUACAACAGUUUGAAAGAGAUUGUGAUGAAACAAAAGGUUGGAUUAGUGAAAAGUUGAAGACUGCAACCGAUGAGAGUUAUCUUGAUCCAACCAAUGUUAAUGGCAAAGUCCAGAAACAUCAAAAUUUUGAACAAGAAUUAAAUGCCAAUAAAAGUAGGAUUGAUGAAAUUGCUAGUACUGGUCAGGAAUUGAUGGAAGCAAAUCAUUAUGCUUCAUCCCGAAUAAGUGAACGUAUGAUGGAAAUAUUGGAUUUGUGGAAAUCACUUGUUGAGGCAACUGAGAGGAAAGGAUCUAAAUUGAAUGAGGCAGCUGCCCAACAACAAUUCAAUAGAGGUAUUGAAGAUAUCGAAAUCUGGCUAUCUGAAGUAGAGGGACAACUCUUAUCUGAAGAUUAUGGAAAGGAUUUAACAAGCGUACAAAACUUGAUAAAGAAGCAUGCUUUAUUGGAAGCAGAUAUUGCCUCACAUCAGGAUCGCAUUGAUGGAGUUAUCAUCCAGGCCACAAAUUUUGUUGAACGUGGUCAUUUUGAUGCAGUUUCAAUUCAGAAUAAACAGGUGGCGCUAGUUGAGCGCUAUAAUGCUUUGCAAAAGCCCAUCACCACUAGACGCCAGAGACUUCAAGACUCUCUGAGAGUGCAGCAGUUGUACAGAGAUAUUGAGGAUGAGGAGGCUUGGAUUCGAGAAAAGGAACCUAUUGCUGCUUCUACUAAUCGAGGUAGAGAUCUGAUUGGUGUUCAAAAUUUGAUUAAGAAACAUCAAGCCAUGUUAGCAGAAAUCAAUAAUCAUGAAAACAGAGUACGCUCUGUGUGCCAAUGUGGGGAUGAAAUGGUGCAAGAAGGUCAUUUCGCAUCGAACGACAUACAAAAACGAUUGAGUGGAUUGAAUGAAAAAUGGCAAGCUUUGAAGGAUAAAGCUUUGCAAAGAAAGCAGGAUUUAGAGGAUUCUCUUCAAGCUCACCAGUACUUUGCUGAUGCAAAUGAGGCCGAGUCCUGGAUGAAAGAGAAAGAGCCUAUUGUCGGAAGUCAAGAUUUUGGAAAGGAUGAAGAUUCCACUGAAUCUUUGCUGAAAAAACAUGAAGCUUUGAUGGCUGAUUUGGAAGCUUUUGGAAAUACUAUACUGUCACUGAAAGAGCAGGCUCAUUCUUGCCGACAACAAGAGCGCCCUGUAGUAGAUCAUGCCGGUAAAGAAUUUGUGAUGGCCUUGUAUGAUUACAUUGAAAAAAGUCCAAGAGAAGUAUCAAUGAAAAAAGGAGAUGUCCUUACUCUCUUGAAUAGUAACAACAAGGAUUGGUGGAAAGUGGAAGUGAAUGACAGGCAGGGUUUUGUUCCUGCUGCCUACGUGAAGAAGAUAGAGGCUGGCCUCUCUUCCAGUCAACAGAAUCUUGCAGACACCAACAACAUAUCUGCUAGGCAACAACAGAUAGAGACCCAGUAUGAAUCCCUCAUGGGACUUGGGCAGGAAAGACGCAAUAAACUGGAAGAAUCCUGCAAGGCCUAUCAGUUGGUGAGAGAAGCAGCAGAACUAUCGCAGUGGCUCAAGGAUAAGGAACAAAUAGCCCAAGUACAAGAUGUGGGAGAAGAUUUAGAACAAGUUGAAGUAAUGCAGAAGAAUUUUGAUGAUUUCCGAGCUGAGCUACAAACCAAUGAAGCGAGGUUACAGCAGAUGAAUGAAACCGCAAGUCGAUUGAUGCAAUCUGGUCACACUGAAGCUGCACAGAAAAUUCAAACUCAGAUUGAAGAUGUGAAUCGUAAAUGGCAAGAAGUCCAGAAUGUGUCUCAAGAAAGAGCGACUCAGCUGGGCUCUGCCCAUGAAGUGCAGAGAUUCCAGCGUGAUGUGGAUGAAACCAAAGACUGGAUAAGGGAAAAAGAUGACAACCUGAAUAGUGAAGCUUGUGGUGAAGAUUUGCGUAGUGUCCAAACUUUACAAAGGAAACAUGAAGGAUUGGAAAGAGAUCUUGCUGCUCUGGGAGAUAGAAUAAGAAGCUUAGAUGACACUGCCAGUAGACUUAUGCAAACUCAUCCUGAUUCAGCAGAAUUGAUCUAUAUCAAACAGAAAGAAAUUAAUGAAGAAUGGACACAGCUUACUGCAAAAGCCAACGCCCGCAAGGAAAAACUUCUAGAUUCAUACGAUUUACAGCGAUUCUUAGCUGACUACAGAGAUUUAAUGUCUUGGAUACAGAGCAUGAUGAGUCUUGUGUUCUCUGAAGAAUUAGCAAGUGAUGUUACUGGGGCAGAAGCUUUACUUGAAAGACAUCAGAAUUAUCGUUCAGAAAUAGAUGCAUAUUAUGGCAUCCCACAGGAACAUCGUACCGAGAUUGAUGCUCGCGCUGGUACAUUCCAGGCCUUUGAAAUGUUUGGGCAACAGUUGCUUCAGAGUGGUCAUUAUGCCAGUCCAGAGGUGCAAGAAAAAUUGGAAAAAAUGAAUGAUGCGAGACAAGAUCUUGAACGUGCUUGGAUUGCACGAAGGAUGAAACUAGAUCAGUGUCUGGAACUGCAGUUGUUUUACAGAGAUUGUGAGCAGGCAGAAAACUGGAUGGGAAGUCGAGAAGCUUUCCUCAGCUCUGAUGACAUGGGUGGUGAUAAUGUAGAAUCUCUCAUAAAGAAACAUGAAGAUUUUGAUAAAGCAAUAAAUGCUCAGGUAUGCAUGCAUAUUCCACAAAUUAAGUCAAUCAUGGUGUAUAGUGUUUUUAAUGGAUCACAAUUUCAGGUUGAAUCUCUUUUGAAAUCUGAAGAAUCUGGCAAAGACUUAGCCUCUGUUCAAAACCUCAUCAAGAAACAUCAACUUGUUGAAGCUGAUGUGAAUGCCCAUGAAGAUCGCAUCAGAGAUAUGAACACUUUAGCUGACAGUUUAAUUGAGUCAGGGCAGUGCGAUGCUGCCUCCAUUGAAGAAAAGCGCAGCUCAAUUAAUGAACGAUACAAUAGAGUCAAAACUUUGGCUGGUCACAGGCGAGCUAGACUUAAUGAAGCAAAUACAUUGCACCAAUUCUUCCGUGAUAUUGCCGACGAAGAGUCCUGGAUUAAAGAGAAAAAACUAUUGGUUAGUUCUGAUGAUUAUGGUCGUGACUUGACUGGAGUACAGAAUUUACGUAAAAAGCAUGUGCGUCUCGAGGCAGAGUUAGUAGCCCAUGAACCAACUAUUGAAGCUGUCCAAGAGGCUGGUCAAAAAUUAAUGGCAGAGUCUAACUUAGGUGUACCAGAAAUAGAACUGAGGCUUAAAAAUUUGGAUAAUGCUUGGCAGGAACUAAAAAAAAUGACAUCUGACAGAGGAACAAAAUUGAAUGAAUCUCUUGCAUAUCAAAAUUUCUUAGCCAAAUUAGAGGAAGAAGAAGCCUGGAUUUCUGAGAAACAUCAACUUUUGAAUGUUGAUGAUUAUGGAGACACAAUGGCUGCAGUUCAGGGCCUGUUGAAGAAACAUGAUGCAUUUGAGAUAGAUUUUGCUGUCCACCGUGAAAGAUGUGUUGCGAUUUCAUCAGAGGGGCAACAACUGGUGGCUGAAGAGAACCACCACUCUGGCAGCAUCAGUCAAAGACUGCAGCAACUUCACGACAGAUUGAGUGCACUGGAUGCCAGCGCCAUUCGAAGGAAGAGUAAACUGAAGGAUAACUCCGCCUACUUACAGUUCAUGUGGAAAGCUGAUGUAGUCGCUAGUUGGAUAGGUGACAAAGAAACACAUGUUCGUUCUGAAGAUUAUGGCCGAGAUCUGUCAUCAGUACAGACUCUUUUGACAAAACAAGAAACAUUUGAUGCUGGUCUGUCAGCAUUUGAGCAAGAAGGUAUUCAAAGCAUCACUCAGUUGAAAGACCAACUUAUGGCUGCUAAUCAUGACCAAACUCCAGCAAUUGUUAAACGACAUGACGAUGUUCUUGGAAGGUGGCACAACCUGUUAGCAGCUUCGGAAGCCCGUAAACAGCGUUUGCUUCAUAUGCUUGAACAGUUUAAGCAGAUUGAAGACCUGUUCCUUACAUUUGCAAAGAAAGCUUCUGCUUUCAACAGCUGGUUUGAAAAUGCAGAGGAAGAUCUUACCGAUCCGGUUCGCUGCAACUCUAUCGAAGAAAUCAAAGCAUUACGAGAGGCUCAUGCAAAGUUCCAAGCAUCUUUGAGCUCUGCACAAGCCGAUUUUGAAGUAUUAGCAGCUCUGGAUCAGCAGAUAAAAUCCUUCAAUGUCGGGGGUAAUCCUUAUACUUGGUUCACUAUGGAAGCAUUAGAGGAUACUUGGCGCAAUCUUCAAAAGAUCAUACAAGAAAGAGAUGUAGAGCUUGUUAAAGAAGACCAAAGACAAGAAGAAAAUGAUAGAUUAAGAAUUGAGUUUGCAAAGCAUGCCAAUGCUUUUCACCAAUGGCUCACAGACACAAGAAUGUGGUUGCUUGAUGGGUCAUCGAUGCUUGAAGGAACUGGUUCUCUAGAAGCUCAGCUGGAUGCAACUAAACGCAAAGCAGCAGAUGUGAGGGCUCGAAGAGCAGAGCUGAAACAGAUAGAAGAUUUAGGCGCUCUUUUAGGUGAACACCUUAUUCUUGACAAUCGUUACACAGAGCACAGUACUGUAGGCCUCGCUCAGCAAUGGGAUCAACUUGAUCAGUUAGGAAUGAGAAUGCAGCACAAUCUAGAACAACAAAUACAAGCAAGAAACCAGAGUGGAGUUUCCGAAGAUGCUUUGAAAGAAUUUAGUAUGAUGUUUAAACAUUUUGAUAAAGAAAAAUCUGGUCGACUAAACCACUUCCAGUUUAAAAGUUGCCUUCGUGCUCUGGGAUAUGACCUGCCAAUGGUGGAAGAGGGACAACCAGACCCAGAAUUCGAGGCCAUCCUGAAUGUAGUAGAUCCUAACAGAGAUGGCUAUGUCUCCCUCCAAGAGUACAUGGCCUUCAUGAUCUCCAGGGAAACUGAAAAUGUCCGCUCCAGUGAAGAAGUGGAAAAUGCCUUCAGAGCCAUUACCUCAGGCGAGAGACCCUAUGUCACUGCAGAAGAGUUAUACGCCAAUCUUACAAAAGAAAUGGCCGAUUAUUGUGUCUCACGAAUGAAGCCUUAUGAAGACAAAAAUGGGCGAGCUAUUCCUGGGGCUUAUGAUUACAUAGACUUUACUCACACACUUUUCCAAAAUUAAAGAAGCUGCUAUUUAUUGUCAUUUGGUUUCUUCUAUCUUCCCUUCAUCAGCUGCUUAACUCUUUCCUUGAGAUUAGUUGGUUGCUAUGUAGAUAUACAUUUAAAAAAAAUAUUUCAUGUCCGGUGUUUUCUUUAUGUUUUAAUGCACUUUUAUAUACAUUUUUAAUUAUAAAAAUCUUGAGACAUUUUUUAUACAAUUUAAUUUACUAGUUAUAAUAGAGGUUUUAAUCAAAUUAAUGAAUAUUAUGCUUUUAUAGUAGUUUAUUUUUCUGAAUUGUGUUGCAAGCCAAGUAAAAAUUAAAUUAUUUUUCUUGGAUUAAGUCAGAUUGCUAAAAAGAUGAUCUCACUAUUUUUCAUUUUAUCUGAAAUGAGUUACGUUGAAUUAUAGAGAUUUAACAAUUACUUGCACAAUAUAGAUUGUUUUCCUAAUAAAACUUAGGUUGUGAAUAUUUAUUAAACUUAUGUUCACGAAAAUAAUUGCUUUUAUUGUAUCAAGCUUCUAAAUAAAAUUUUGUUUUGAUAUAAA